AUGGUUCAACAAAUAAUGCCCCUGAUUAAUGAUAUCCCUGAAUUGUGUAGUGUUUAUAUCUUCAGUAACAAUAAAUCCCAGCAUGAAGAAUGGACAACAAAAUGGCAAAAAAUCAAGAGCGUUCAUACUAACAUCGAUGACUUAUGCCAAUCAUUAAAAAUCGGUAUCAAGCAAUUCAAUCAAGAUUCGAUUGCCAUGAGUUUUAUUACGGUAAAUGAAAUGGCAUCAACUGAUAAUUUGAAUCAAUUAGAACCAACAUUUAUGUAUACUCAAAUAUUCAAGGAUAUUCUUCUUGAUAUGAAACAUGAUGAACAGGCGAUCAAACAGUUUAUUAAUUAUUGUCGAAAAAAUAACAGUAUGUCACCAAUCAAUAUUGAUCGUUUUGAGAAAAACUACCAGGCUCAGUCCGCUAUUUGGUGGUAUACUUCAUUCAAUAUCUAUUCUAUGCUCAAUUAUGCUCUUCGAACACUCGACGCUGAUGCAAUUAUUACUAUGGGUUUUUUUAUGUGUCGUCUGCAUCAACAAAUCCAACAGCUACACCAACAACAGUUUGAUACUGAUCAUGGCGAACCAUUCAUAGUUUACCGGGGACAAGGUCUUAUGAAA